AUGGCCUCGUUCAUCCAUCCUCAUGACUUCGAGCUCAUCACAGCGCCUGACCCAGAAGAAGUCUGGAUCUCGGAGCUGCCAACAGAGACAUCCACCCAUCGCCCUGCAUCACCGACCGCAUCAAUCAAGAGCCUCUUCGAGAACGUACCAAACAGCAGAAACGAAACGCCGCUUUCCCAAUGUCUCGCAAAAGCAAUAGUCCUGUCAAUUCUGCCCCUCAUGCUAGCCUGGACGACUUUCUCGACGAUCAUAACGCUCAAUCACAUCGCCUUCAAGAACGAUCGAUCCAUUUCCGAUGAUAAGGUCCUGGAGCAGGUGGCUGCGUUUGUGUUGGAGGACAUCGAGAAGUGUCGCCAACGGCUUCGGAGGAUCGAUGAGAGGAUGCCGGAGAUAGUGAUGAGGCGUCAAGAGCAGCUCAAUGCCUUCAUGAUCUGGUUGAGAAGUGCAUUUGACAGAACCCAUACCCCUGCAAGCUCACCAGAAUUGAAAGAGAAGGUGGCAUCGGUCUCCAAGUUCGCCGCUGUGAAAUCCAUCAUCGGUCUGUUGGUCCUCGCAUCCUGGAUCGCGCCGUGGGCGGGUUGGUGGUGGGUUGCGUUCGGGUACCUGCUCAAGCAGGAGAUAUCGAGAAGGAUCGCAGGCCGUUCGGAGUAG